ACCAAUGAGAGCAACUCUCGAAAGACCUACAUAGUACAUUGCCAAGACUGUGCACGAAGAACAAAUGGGAACCUGGAAAAUUUUGUGGUGCUAGAACAGUACAGGAUGGAGGACUUGAUGCAAGUCUAUGACCAAUUUACAUUAGCUCCUCCGUUACCAUCCUCCUCAUCUUGACAUUGUUCCAUGGACAUUAAAUGAGAACUUUUCUGAUAUUCAGGAAGUGACCCAGUUCUGCACCACUGGUUUUUGUAGCUAUCCUGUAAGGCUGCUGGCUGAAAGCUGUGUCUAUGCAACCUUCCAAGUGCGGCGUGUCAAGCAACUGGACAGGAGAGAGCACUGCUCCUACUCCAGAACUCAAAAUAAAGCUGAACCAGCUAUACUUCAAAAAAAAAUUUCCACGUUUUGUAUAUAUCUGACAAAACUGGCAACAUUAUACAGACUACUGACUUGAAGACCACCUCUUUUAUAUCUCUCUGUUUCUGGGCUGAUGACUUGGUUUCAUCCAUUUCCUUACUCCCUUACCCUUUACCACCUCCAGAAUUUUCCUUGGAAAAAGUACUAGCCUAGCUGGUCAUUUCUUUGUAAGGUAGUUAGAAAUUUUAAGUCUUUCUUUGGGCAAAAUUUUUUUUUAAUGUGAAAAGUUAGGUGAUAAAAAUUUUUUUACUUCUUUUAUGUUUUUCUGUCUUGUUUUAAAACCAUGACGGUUAUACUUUUGGUUCCUAAAUAAAACUUAAAAAAAAUUAACAGCCAAGUCACAAAGAUAAUGGGUUGCACAUAGACUAAGGAAUAAACUUCAGAUUUGUGAUUUUUGUUUCUAAUCUUGAUGUAAAUUUACACUAUUUAUAAAUACAUAUUUAUUGCUUGAAAAUAUUUGUGAAUGGAAUGCUGUUAUUUUUUCCAGAUUACCUGCCAUUGAAAUUUUAAGGAGUUCUGUCAUUUCAAACACUACUCCUAUUACAUUUUCUAUAUGUAAAUAAAACUGCUUAGCAUUGUACAGAAACUUUUAUUAAAAUUGUUUAAUGUUUAAA